GAAAGUGCUAUAUAGUGAUAAUAACCAUGAUUUUCAUAAAUAUACAUACCACAUGUAUAUACCGGCUGUAUAUAUCGUUGUGGGUUUGUUCUCUGGCGUGUGAAAGGAAACAAUAAUAAAAAAAAAACACGAAUCAUCAGUCACAUAGUGAGUGCAGUCACGCGCGAGCAUGCGCGAUUAUCGGUGAAUCUGGGUGCAUGUCGUGGCGCGUCUUCCCGACCGACAGCACGUUGUGUGUUGCGGGACGAGUGCGCUGAUCGUUGUGCCUGAUGGUGGUCGCGCGAAAUUGAAGCGGGCGUAAGUAAAUUUAAUAAUCAAUUAUAAGGAUGACGAUAGCAAAGCAGAAGACUGACAACGCGGUGACCACCGAUGGCAACCUGGCCAACACCGUGGCCGUCGAUCACGAAACCAACAGGCUGUGCGCUGGCACGGACAGUUUUUCAAGCAUUAACGAGAGACCGGUCGACGACAUCUCUCUCGAAUUCUUUUACAAACCUCACACGAUCACUCUGCUGCUGAUUUCCAUCGGCGCGGUCAUAUAUUCAGCUUUCACCAGAAACACCACCAAUGUUGAAGACAACUUGUGGGCAGGCAUGCUCUGUGUCAUUUUUUUCUUCCUCAUUAUAUCCGUCUUGACAUUUCCCAAUGGCCCAUUUACCAGGCCACAUCCGGUAGUAUGGCGAAUAGUGUUUGGCUGCAGUGUGCUCUAUUUGAUGGGCCUGCUGUUUUUCUUGUUCCAAAACUACGAAACGGUCAAAAAAAUCCUGAUCUGGGUGGAUCCGGGAUUAGCGUCUUUUCACAUCGACAUGGACAAGGAGUACGGCGUCAACUGUUCCGAUGUCACGAUAGAAAAGAUCUGGAACCACUUGGAUGUGUUCGCGCUUGCUCAUUUUCUGGGCUGGGCCUUCAAAGCCAUUCUGAUUCGCCAUUUCGGCAUUCUCUGGGCUAUUAGUGUUAUGUGGGAGGUGACGGAGAUAGCCUUUGCUCAUUUGUUACCAAACUUUGUCGAGUGCUGGUGGGACGCGCUGAUUCUGGAUGUCUUGGUGUGUAACGGAUUGGGUAUCUGGGUUGGCCUGAAGAUCUGUUCCAUAUUGGAAAUGAGAGAAUACAAAUGGGUCAGUAUCCGUGAUAUUGAGAGCACCACUGGGAAACUAAAGAGAGCAGUGUUGCAAUUCACUCCCGGCAGUUGGACAUCCGUUAGAUGGUUAGAUCCAACUUGUACACACAUGCGACUGGUUGCUCUAUGUCAGUUAGUGAUAUUCUGGCAAGUUUCCGAACUGAAUACCUUCUUUUUGAAGCAUGUUUACGAGUUUCCACCGUCUCAUCCUUUUGUUGUGGCGAGACUAGUGCUGGUAGGCGUUAUAGUGGCGCCGUCAGUUAGGCAAUAUUACAUGUAUGUGACUGACCCUACAUGUAGUCGAGUAGGAACGCAAUGCUGGGUUUAUGGAGCAAUCAUGGUAACCGAGGCUUUGCUUUGCAUACGCCACGGUGCGGCGUUAUUCGAGCGUACACAAGCGCUCAACAUCCUUCUUUGGCUCCUCUGCCAGUCUCUAGUCUCCGUUCUCUGUGUCUACGGCUGUGUUUUAUGGCAUCAGUAUUUUGAGACGGGAAAGAAAACGUCUAUAAGACGGUCUGUUUUGUAUCCGAGCAAAUUUGACGUGGAUUCCAGCGGGGAUAUGGUUAACCUUGCGAAAUCAGUGGAAGAGCUGGACAAAAAGAAGCUGUGAGAGAAAAACUCAAGAGUGCCGCGCAAAACGGUAAACUGUGAACACUAAAUAAAAAAAAUAAAAAAACAAACUCUAGUCGAAGUCGCGUGUGGGGCAAUGUGUGGGUGAGAAUUCAUUAUUUACGGACGUGACAUGGUGUAUAUCCGGAGCUGUUGUUACUUUGUUCCUCAGAAUAAAAGGAGAAUGUUGUUGCUGCAAGUUUUCCACGUGAAUCGCCGACGUUCCGAUUCGAUGUGAGCCUCGCCUAAAAAAAACUGCUUGUCGAAUUUGUAUUCAGUGACAAUUGUAUGUAUACAUUUGUUCAUUGUUUUUCUCUCUAAAUGUUAGUCGUAACAUGGAUAUCUUACUGUGCUUGCGAUAUAUGUCCAUCGAAAAGCAUCAGGGC